AUGCUUUCAGUUUAUGAGAAACAACUGCUUAUGGACCUGUGGCACAAACUGAUACCAGUGGCAGAAGAUAUUGGAGGUGAAGCACUGUACAGGAUGUUUACGACGUUUCCCAAAACCAAGACAUAUUUCAGUCACCUGGACCUCAGUCACGGUUCUGAACAUUUGCGUUCUCUUGGGAAGAAGGUCGUGGAGGCCAUAGCAGAGGGCACGAUGCACAUAAGCACUCCACUUUUUACCACCAGUCUGGGCUACCUCAGCAGAUAUCAUGCCUAUCAGCUGAGAAUACAUCCGACCAACUUCAAGCUGUUUAAUCACUGUAUGCUGGUGACUUUAGCUUGUCAUUUGGGGGAUGAGUUCUCUGCUGAUGAACAUGCAGCAACCGACAAGUAUCUCUCAGCUUAUGCAGCAGUGCUGGCUGAGAAGUUCAGAUAA